CAGCAGGAUGAAGCAGCAGCAGAAGUCGGUUUCGGAUAAAUCGUCUCAGAUUCUCUCCAAGUCAGAAAUAUCUCUGUUCAGAAACAGUCUAAAGCAGAACAUCUGUGUGGAGCUGCUUCAAGAUGGCUUCCACAGGUCGUUCUCGGAGAUCUUCUCUCUGCUGAGCUCUGAUGUGGAUCGGAGGGCGGCGAGUGAACCGGGUUCAGCCGUCGCCCUCCAGACCCCUCUGGAGGAGCAGUGGGACAAACUGGAGACCAUGAGGCUGCACCUGAGGAGGGCCGAGCAGGCCGAGGACACCGGUACACUAACUACAGCCACU